AUGGGACACGGAAAUUCCAACAAGUUAUAUGUCACUCAUGCUGAACAUUCGGGCAUGUUCGGUCAGCACACCGCGUCCUCAGCCGGGUUCAGGGCAAAAGCACAAGCCCCUCAUCCUGGGUCACAGACGCCAUUUGACUGCUGCGCACUCACUUUCCAACCGUUCAGCCAUCCGGUGUGCUCACGCAACGCCGACGGCACUGGCAACGUUUUCGACCUAGUGAACAUCAUACCGUGGCUCAAGCAGCAUAACAACAUCAACCCGGUGACACAAGAACCUCUACAACCUUCGGAGCUGAUCACGUUGCAUUACUCCCGAAGACCCACCGGAGACUGUUAUGACCCCAUUUCCUUCAAGCCUUUUUCGGAGCACUCCCACAUAGUCGCCAUAGCCUCCACAGGGAAUGUCUACUUGGCCGAGAGCAUCAAGGGAGGACGUGAUCUGAUAGCGGAUGUGAAGUUCAAGAAGGAGGAUGUCAUCACUCUGCAGCACCCCCAUGCGUUACCAAAGGUUCCCCUUGCUGCGAGCGCCGAAGCCUCUGAGAAAGGCAAAACUCAGGCUUUGAAACCUUUUUCGCCUGCGGUAGCUAAGGCGAAGGAGGUGGUACCUUGGAAUGCUUCUCCGUAUUCUACCGGUCUACCAGGUGCAUCUUUGACUUCGACCGCGGUGGACCCUCAGACACAAAGCUCCCAGCUGUUAUGGGAUGAGGAGGAACUCAUGUUUGACGAAUUUACAAACCCUCCAAAAGGCAAGGGUAAAGAGAAGGACGUUGGCAAGCGUCGCGCAUACGUCCGAGUGAUUACAAGUUUGGGAGGUGGUGGUCUUAACUUGGAACUGUUCUGCGAGAAGGCUCCUAAGACGUGCUACAACUUCUUGCAGCUGGCCAGGGCGGGCAAGUACAACGGCUGUUUGUUCCACCGACUCGUUCCGGGUUUCAUGAUUCAAACGGGAGACACAGGUUCUGGUGGCGCGUCAUGCUGGGGUACACCGUUCCGUGACGAGUGCGACCUUCGCAAUGCCGCCAAGCAUGAUAGCCGCGGAAUUCUAGCCAUGGCGAACUCGGGUCCUGCGUCGAACGGUUCUCAAUUCUAUGUCACCUUCCGAGCUGCUCCUCAUCUCGACAAGAAGCACACAGUCUUCGGCAAGCUUGUGGGUGGUGACGAUGUCCUCGACGCACUUGGAGCACUUCCGGUGAAGCCUGGAACGGAUAUUCCGGCGAAGCAGGUCAAGAUAACAGAAGUCAUGAUUUAUCAAGAUCCCUUUGAAGAGUACAAGCGACGCGAGGAGAAGAAGCGCGCUCGAAAGGCUGAGACUCAGGUCACACGAGCCAAGGAAGUAGAAGAAAAGGCGAAGGACGACGUGAACUGGUUUGGUGUUAAGGUUGGGAAGGAGGUGGCAAAUGGCGUUGUCGGCGGUGGAGUGGGGAAAUAUCUGAGUCUCAACGGUAAUGCGAAACGACCCGCCGCAUCCUCGCCUUCAAUCGUCACUGCAGCUCCCGAGGAGCCCAAAAAGAAGCGGCGCAUUGGCUUUGGAGACUUCGAGGGGUGGUAG